UCCCAAUCUUCUCUGCUACGGUGGUCUUUGCGCGGUUCUGUUGGUGGUCCUCGCCGCUGUUCACGGUGUUCCCCGCCGUCUAGUUUUGCGUCUUCGUGCAUGUAUACGUUGCUCGUUUCGCCUCGACAAAGCUUGGUCCAGCUUAUUAUUUCACAUAAGGAUGAUGUUUUCUAUCUUGGAACUUCUAUCUCGUGAGAGUUGAUGAUGAAGUGGACUCGUCACAAAUACUGACAAAUAUUUAAUCGAUUAAACAGGCUUGACUUUGACAAAGAAGAAUGGAAAGUUCUUUGGUGUUGCACCAAGAUGAGAAAGAAGGCGUAAGAAACCCUGACGAAAUUUUGGUUCGUCGUUUAAAGAAUCGAGAAAGGCAACGUAGAUACAGGGCUCGAAAACGCAAUCAAGCCGAUCUUGGAAAAACAUCAAUUGUUGUUGUUGAUCAAUCAACUUCACUCCACUACCAACACAUGUCCACUCAGCUUCUACCUGUACCUGUGCAAGUUGACAUUUCACUAAACCUAACUCCCCCCGAUUCUCUUAUUACCCGUGUCCAUUGUAAAAGAGACUGGAAAAAAGACGCUAGGACAGUCCAUAUACACAAUAAACAAGAAACCGUUCCUAUUGGCCCGAGUCAAAGUUCAGCUUCCUUUCUCGAGUGUGGCCUCAAAGCAGAUUUACCUUUGAAUCAUUCAAAUACGGAUAAUAAUUCAGCACAAAGAUUUCAAUCCAGCCGGAGACAUUGGAAAGCAGAGGCAAGAAACAAGAAAAGUUCGGAGUGUGAGAUACCAAGUUCAGACAAAGGGAACGAGGAUGGAACUUGAGUAAUCCACAAAAUCAUAUCAGUGGCUGCCGAAGGUGAAGUUUUUGUUUGGUAAAACUCUUACUUCUCUGCUUAGUUUAUUAUUACUAUUGCAGAUGCUAAUGAUCUCCCAUAAAAAGAAAAGAAAAAAAAAAAGCAAUUGAUACCCUUGUAGUGGUUAAAUUAGAUGCUACAUCUGAUUAUUUACGUUGGGUGGAUUUGAACCGUAGAUCUAUACAUAAUCGCACACACACCUAUGUGUAUGUGUGCUUACUGGGAAGUUAUUUAAUCAAAUCUACGGUUCAAAUCCACUCGGUGUAAAUAAGCAGAUGUAGAAUCUAACACUGCCUUGUAGUGUAACAUGUGACAUGAUGUUGUUAGGUAAGUGUCAAAUAUGUUGUUACAUUUUGGUAAUAGAUAAGUUCUUACCUUUUACACA